GGAUCCUCGACGGGUAAACCCCGCCCGAUUGCCGUCUCUUCUCUAUGGUUUAGAUACUAAGCCAAACCUUGGUCUGGGUUUCAGAAAACCGAACACAAAACGAGCGACAGGAAGAGAAAGUUGGUUCUUCUUCUUCUUCUUCUUCUUCUUCUUCUUCUAUUUCGAAGGCACAAAGCUCGUUCUUUCAAUUUCAAUUCCAAUUCUCAUUUUUGUUCCUGUUGCUUCCGUCCGCUUUGCCUCUUGCCUUACAUCCAAAGAUUAAAUCUGACGGCCACGACCCCACGAGCGGCCAUCUCGGCAACAAAUUCUGUAGCUCGCAAUUCGCAGUAGCAAGAUGUUGAAACCUUGUUGUAAUGCAUCUUGCUUGAAUCUAUAUCUGGUGAAGUGGAAAUAGAGAGAAAGAAAUUGUUGGCUUGAUGUAGAGAAUUUUCAACUUUGGAAUUGAAAUUUUCACUGAUGGGUGAUGUAAUAACCUGUGCAAGUGAUUCUCGUUUGUUGUGAGUCUUCUGGACUUAAAUCAGGUGACCAGGCAGAUGAGGAUUUGGGUAACAUCUUGUCUGAGCUUGCAAUAAUUACCAAGACAUAGAAGUUAGAUUUGUUGAAUAGAGGCACGAGUAGGUGCGAUGGACAGCAUCGUAGAUUCCUUAAACAAUGCAUAUCAGGAAUUUAUAGCUGCUGCGGCUAAUGUGCUCGAGGCCAAGGAGACUGCUGGUGCCCAGAAAACGGCAGCUACAGAUGCUGCAUUGGAAAAUUUUAAGCAGAAGUGGGAACUGUUUAGGGUUGCAUGUGAUCAGGCAGAGGAGUUUGUCGAAUCUGUGAAGCAGAGGAUAGGAUCGGAGUGCUUAGUGGAUGAAGCCACUGGAUCUGUGACAGGGAAGUCAGGGACAACAGGCCUUCCUCCCAUUAGUGCUGUUCGGUUGGAGCAGAUGAGUAAAGCUGUACGAUGGCUUGUUAUUGAACUACAGCAUGGUUCAGGAGCAGCUGGUGGUGUGGCAGGGCAUGCUCACUCUUCUGCUCCCUUUGAUGCUCGGUUUCCUGAAGAUGCAGCUCAAUGAAUAGGUCUGUAUUUAACUAAUUAUAUUUUCCUGGUUUUUAUCGUUUUGAACUUGCCUGACCAUGCAGAAUUUGUUGGGAAAAAUGACAGUUAACUACUGCCAGCAGAAUGAAGUUGGUCAUUUCUUCCUUUAUCUAAUGAUGUAUUCACACCAAAAUCUCCCUCUAGUGAACAUAUACUGCUAGUGCUAGCCUGUAUGUUCAAUUAAGUUUUACAGAACUUCAGAUAAGCAUCUUUAGAAUCUUUGUGGCACAUGAGUCGCUACAUCCGAACUCUUGUAAUCUUUUAAUAGCAUGCCUUUGAUCUAUCAGUACACCAGUUAAUCUUACUGAUGGGUUCUGCAGUAUAUGAUAGGUCUCUAGUGCUUUAAGCCAUACUCAUGAAGUUAUAGCAGGAUAGGUGC